AUGGUCGUAGACACAACAUACUAUGACCUUUUAAGCAUCGAAACAACAGCGACAUCCCUUGAAAUAAAAAAAGCCUACAGAAAGGCAGCUAUCAGGUUGCACCCUGAUAAAAACCCCGAUGACCCAACUGCUGCGGCGAAAUUCCAAGAAGUAGGACAAGCAUAUCAAGUUUUGAGCGAUGAGCAAUUGCGUCGUAAAUACGACAAGUAUGGUAUACAAGAAUCUAUACCUCUGGAAGGGUUCGAAGAUCCGGCUGAGUUCUUUUCGAUGAUAUUUGGUGGCGAGGCAUUUAAAGAUUGGAUUGGUGAAUUAACAUUACUACUGGAGUUAUCAAAAUCCGCUGAGUUGUCUGAAACGGAGGAAAAGAAUGGAAAGGAGGCUGAGAAUAGCAAAGAUGAUAAAGAAGAAAAUGGAGAGAACGAACAAGAAGAAAACGAAUCAGGCGGUCCGACUAAAAAACAGAAACAGUUAUCACAUGCUCCUCAUGAAGGUAACGAACAGACAACAGAGGAAGAAGAAAAACGCAAGAAAGAAGAAUUGGAAAAGUUUGAAGAGGAAUGCCGUGUUAAAAAACUUGAAGCCAGAGCAGAGCUAGCUAAGAAACUUGUCGAUAGGUUGUCGUUGCUUACAGAGACUGAUAUGAAAGACGAUGUUGUCGAAUCUUUUAAAGCAAAGAUGAAGUAUGAAGCUGAGUCAUUGAAGAUGGAAAGUUUUGGCUUGGAAAUAUUACAUACUAUGGGCUAUGUAUACAAAAGCAAGGCCAAAAUUUUUUUGAAAAACCAGACAUUCUUUGGUUGGGGUGGGUUAUGGCUGUCUAUUAAGGAAAAAGGUGGUGUCGUGAAGGACACAUUUAGGACAGUUUCAGCCGCGUUGGAUGCUCAAAGAACAAUGGAAGAAUAUGCUCAGAUGCAGCAGGAUAAUGAAUACCAUGCAAAUAAGGAAAAGGAGGAAGAAGAAGCAAAGCUACAUGCUGAAAAGGAAAUGGAAAAGCUAGAAGAAGAGUUGGAGGAAGUACAGAGGCAGAAAGAGGGUGAGUCAAACGAGCAAAAUUCGAAGGUUGACGAUAAAUCAAAGGAUGAAUCAUCAAAGAACGAUCACACACCAAACCCUGAUGAUAAGAAUGUGGUUGAUGAGAAGAAGGAAUCACAGGUUGAACCGCCUAGCCACACUCCCGAGGAAUUGGCAGAAAUGGAAAAAUAUUUACUAGCCAAAGUUCUUGCUGCUGCUUGGAACGGGUCAAAAUUUGAAAUACAGGGCACUUUAAGAGCGGUCUGUGAUACUGUAUUGGAGGAUGAGGAUUUGUCAGUGAGUGAAAGAGUAAACAGAGCUAAAGCGUUGAAAUUAAUGGGUGAGGUUUUCGCUACAGUAACGAGAACAGAACAGGAAGAUGAAGAGGCACGGGUGUUUGAGGAGCUUGUUGCAGAAGCUAGUAAAAAGAGGGAGAAGAAGAAGAGACCAAAGAAUGUAUAG